AUGGAUGUACAUAAAGAGAAGACUACGGGUAUAAAGUUAAACUUGACAGGAAGGACUAACCUCCCCUGGAUUCUAAAACUACUCCUGCUGCUUGCGUUGUUUCUGAAAGAAUCCGGCGCGUCUUUCUCCGUGGCGCCGACCUGCGAGGCGUCAGCCAGCAAGCGUCACCGCAACCACAUCAUCCGCAUCGGCGUCAUCCUGCCCUUCGAGGGGGACAUGCUGUGGCGUCUGCACCUGGUUCGCCCGGGGCUGGAGCACGCCGUGGACUACAUCAGCAGCAGGCCGGGUCUCCUGGACAACUACACCAUCGAGCUGGACUACAGGGACUCCAGGUGCUCGGAGGUCUACGGCCCUUUAGAAGUGAUUGACAUGUACACCAAAAGAACCGCGGACGCUCUUCUAGGCCCGGCUUGCCCAUAUGUCCUCGCUGUUGUUGCCCGCUUUGUAAAAAUCUGGCAAAUCCCUCUUCUCAGCGCGACGGGGUUCGAAUCCGCUUUUACAAAUAAAAAUGAAUACGGUUUAACCCGGUUACUUGGGCACUAUACGGGCUUAGGGCAGUUUAUAGGCACCAUCAUGAAAAAUUUCAAGUACCGGUCUAUAGGAUUGAUGACGUUUGACUACCUGGAUCAGGGUAAAGGCAGGUCGGAUUGCUGGUUUCAGAUCGAGGCCGUGUUUCUGGAGAUUAAGAGGCAUAUCGCGCCGGAUUAUGACGAAAAGACUGGUGAGACUUUCAACAACACUGAUCCUAACCAGAUCGACACAAUAUUGAAAGCUUUAUCCAAGAUCUCCAGAGUCUAA